AUGCGUGGAGCUUCGUUGGUUUACAAUAACCAAUUAAUCAGGCCUCAAACGUUAUUAAAUCGCGGCUUUUCGUUUCAAUCUUCGAAGCCAUGGAUACCGCAAUAUACUGCGCCGUUUUAUAAUCAGUCUUCAUUAGGAAUGAUGAGUGACGUCACUUACAAUAAUAGUGUUAGAAAAAGUUGUCUUGCGGAUGAGGAAGGAGCUGGACCAAGCUCGGAGUUUAGGGUUCUUGAUCCUCCGAGAAGACCACAUUCUGGUCUUUGGUUUCUUCUUCAAGCUUCACAACUUCAGGAAAGGGAACCGUUCUUGCCUCAAGUAAACAAAAGCUACUUGAGAAUCAAGUAA